AUUAAGGUUUCUCGAGAUGCAUGCUUUGGCCAAUUCCGAAAUAUUUCUGAUCUAGGGUUUAUGCUAAGGGCAUUUUGGUAAAUUCAUCCUUAUAUGAACUAGGCUCACAGAGUGGGCCGGACUAGAGGGAAAGAGACUUAGAGAGCAAAUGCAUCUAGAGAGAGUAGUAUUGUUUCAAAAAAAAAAAAAUCUAGAGAGAGUAGUAUAGAUUGACUACAAAGGACGGACAGAAAAAAGAGAAUACGUGAAUUCAUCGUUGACGGAGUAAACACCAUCUAUAACGUUGUUUUUUCCCCCGUCAAACCUUCAAUUAACGCCCCUAUUAUCAAAGUACAGAUAUACCCUCAAACUAUUGAGUGAAAAUCCAAUGCUACCCCUAUCAAGAUUAGAAACUUGAAUUUUCUGUUUGUUUAAACAGUUUAGCUGAACAUAUUUUAACAUCACAUUAAUUUUUUGUCACAGUUAAUUCGAAACGGAUGAAGAAUGUUUUGCAAUAUUUACAAGUUGAAAAUUAUUGUUUUUUUUUUUUUUUUUUUGAAAAAGUUGAAAAUUAUUGAUCAUAUUAGUAAGCAUGACAUUUUGCAAUUGCCAUUUGCCACAAACUUUUAUAGAAGCUUAGUCAUAAUCAGUUGGACCCACAGAAUCAUUGUUUAAGCCCCCCUAACCCCUCGAAAGUAUCACACUAGAUUGCACCCCCAAAAAGUAUAACAACAGAUUUUAGAUUGCACCCAAAAAAAAGGAAAAAAAAAAAAACCUCAAAUCUUUCACACUCAAAAGUCACAAACACUGUCAUUUCCACCUUCCCCCGUUCAAUACGGAGCAGUAUAUGCGCAAAUGCAGUAGCAACAAACAACCAGAUUCAAAUCUUAAAAAGAGUUCAAAAAACACGAGAACCCAUCAAAUCACAAUCUUAAUUAGUCGUAAUCUAAUAGGCUUUGGAUUCAAUCUCUAUUAGUCAUAAUUUAGUAGGUUUUGGAUUAUCGGGUAUAUAAGGUAUUAUCGGACGUCCUGUCGUGUCGUAUCGGUCCCUCAAAUUCUGUAUUCCUCCUCCAUAGUUGGAAUUGACCCAGCAACUGUACAAAAGGUUGCUUCCACGAUCUCUUUCCUCUGCUUAGAAUCCAUCGAAACUUGUACUUUUUACUCCAAAUAUACUACUUCUAUAUUUUUCAUACACAAAAAAAAGUAAGCCUUUAAGCCUUUUGAACGCAUUCUUCCUUUCUUUCUACUAAUUUUUACACCCACCGCUUCUUUGCCGACCCUCAAAUAAAAUUUAAGAUAUAAAAAAUAUAUAAAGGGUUUUCUAUAGAUUUCGAAGAAAAUCGUUUGUUGAGUUGAAGAAGGCUGAUUGUUUUUUCAUCAAAAAAGUGAACUGGUGAAGUGUUUUUUAUUACUACAAUAUAAAGGUGAGAUCUCCCUCUCUUUUUUUCUUUUUCUUUUUUUUUUUUUUUUUUUUUUUAAUGAUGAUUUUUUUUUUGUUGAAUAUAGUUGUAAUCAUUACUAUGUGUUGAGCAAUGAUUUUGAAAAUGAUAAUGAGAUUUGUUAGAGAAAUAUAUGAUUGAUGCACAAUUAUUGGGAAUGUUUGUUUGCUUCUUUAAGCUCAUUUUGAUUUAAAUAGUUUUGUUUCUUUUUUUAGUAUCAGCUAUGUGUUUUGAUGUUUAUUUUUUUAUACAGUAAUUUGGUUACAUGAAGUGAGGAGUUAUCAUUAACUCCAAAUUAACAUGGAAGUUAUAUUUUUUUACAGUAGAAAUGUAAAGCUUGAUUACACAUUGAAUCAUGAUGAGAUUUCUGAUUCAAUUCGCGUUGCAAUAUCGCUUAGCUGAAUCAGAAUGUGGAAGGAGUCUAAUUUUUUUUUUGUUUUUUUUUUUCCUUGGACGGUGUUAAGCCAAUAUUUUGAAUACAGGUUGUCUAGUUUGAGGUGGUAAACCCAUUGAUUGAUUCGGGAUUGGAUAUAUUGAAUACAGGUUGUCUAAGUUGAGGUGGUAAAACCAUUGUUAGAUUCGGGAUUAGAUACUUGAAUACAGGUUGUCUAGUUGAGGUGGUAAACCCAUUGUUUGAUUUGUGAUGGGAUAAUUGAAUAUAUGUUGUCUAGAGCAGUAAAGAAUGCAGUAAGCAUCAACCUUGAGAUCGUUUUCAGUUCUGUUAGAUUUGUUUUAUUUCCAUUCCUGAAGUUUAAUCAACAGGCAGGGGUGAUUAUAAUGCAAAGAUUAAACUGAAUAAUUAAUGAUCUUCACAUAUUUGGAUGUCAAUAAUUUUCUGUGAUUCUUACUCUAUUUUUUAGUGAUAUUUUUGCCUUUUCCUCUUCACUUCCUGAAUCUUGCUUUCAGUGAAAUUUCUUAUUCCUCUGUCUAUGUAGUCAAUGGAUCUUUAUUGUGAUAUUUUUUACCAGUUACGAGUAUGACUUGUGGUUUUUUUUUUUUUUUUUUUUUUUUUUUUUUUUUAAUUUUUUUUUUUUUAAUAAAUAUUUUGUUUACACUUUGUUUUUUCAGAUCAUAGACUGUGCAGUUGUCUUGCCCUUCCUUUACAAUGGCAGUGGAAAACGAUGAUGUUCCAGCUAGCAAUGAAGCAAACAAUAGCAAUGAAGAAAAAUCACUAGAUCACUUUGCUGGAAAGCCUCGCACCACUAAGAAAGUCCCUCAUUAUCUUAGAGCGUCUACUGGUUCCUGCCAUGAUGCCUGCAAGCAUGGGAUUACCCACAAUAAGCCAACGCGCCCUGAAAGGAGAAGAAUGUCAGCACCACUCCCGCAUGGAAAAAAGACCGUAAAGAUUGAAAUAUAUGUUGAUAAAAAGGUUCAAAAAGCAGUUCAGUCUAACGACCUUGUGCUUCCAUCAGCCAAAGAGUCUGCUCCUGCUAACAGUAAAUUGAUAAGAAAUAUACAGUCAUCUAGGAAAUCCCCUGUCCAUGAUUCGUCAAAAGUAGUUAAGCUAGAAGCGAGAUCAUCCACCAAAUCUUCUUCACCUGAUGCUCCAAAAGGGGUUAAGAAGGUAGUUCCUUCCCUUGGAAAAUCAUCUUUGCCCAAUACCUUGAAAAUCUCAAAGCAUGAAGUUGCUUCAACUGCUAAAAAACCAGGUUCAUCAAAUCGGAUACCUUUAAACCCUAGGGAAAGGAAUGUUUCUGAGGGUCCACCGAACAGUUGGGCUAAGAAGCCAUCAUCUUCAUCCACUACCAUGAAAAUCUCAAAGCCAGAAGUUGCCUCAGCUGCAAAAAAGAGUGUUUCAUUGAAGCAGACUUCUAUAAAUUUUGAGGGAAGGAAUGGUUCUAUUGGUCCUCUGAAUCCAAACAGUAGGGGUGAGACGCCAUCAUCUUCCCUAGGCUCCUUAAGAUUGAGGAGCAAGCAGACUAGUGAGACUAAGGUUGGUGAUAAUCUAAGAACCUCUAGAGUUGCUGUUGUGAAGACUGUGGCUCUUUCAGCUGCCUCAUUGUCUCUAAGGACUUCGAAAGUGGAGGUGAAAAAACUCUUGCAUCCAUCAACAGCUGGCAGAGGCCCUAAAGAACAGAAUCGGAGAAGUCAAGCUUUUGUCAAGAAUCAGAUGUUAGCUGACGUAGCUGAACCCAAGGAGCUUGCGGAUGAGAAGGUUGAGGAGAAAACAGUGCAUAUGAUUGAGACUGAGGAUCAUCCUUCAACUGCUUCCGAUACAGGCCUCUUGAUUCAACCUCCUUCACCUUUGUCACCAGAGUCGCUCAAUUCAUCCUCCCAAGGAAAUUCUCUCUCUUUCACUUCUCGCGAGGUUGAUGACCAGUGUGAGUUGGAUUCAGAGUAUACUGAUAGUGAGGCUGAGGGCUCAGUCUCUAACUACAAUAGCUCUGGUGAUUCAAAAGCAGCUGAUAGCUUAAAAGAAGGAAAGGAACUGAUUCAUGAUUCUGAGGGUCGGGACCCUGCAUCUCUAAAGCUGAAGUUUCGGAAGGGAAAGGUGGUUGAACAUCAAUCUGAAACCAACAUUCCAAGAAGGCUACGCUUCGGGCAAGGAAGGACCUUGGGCGAUAACCAAGACACUAAUAGUGGGGCCCAGAGGAAUAGCUACAAGAAAAGGGCUGCUGACUAUAACAAAAAGGAGGCAGAAACUGGUGUGGCAAAGGUUGUUUUGAAGCACCAAGAAAUGGAGACCAAGAAAGAUGAGCAAGUUUCAUAUAAUAAUGUGAUUGAAGAAACUGCUAGUAAGCUUGUUGAGAAGAGGAAGAGUAAAGUAAAGGCUUUGGUGGGCGCUUUUGAAACGGUCAUAUCUCUCCAGGAACGCAAACCAUCUGCUGCUGCUGAUAGAUGACACUUGACAACUCGACCAUGUCUAAUUAAAUUUGCGUUACUGAGAGACUGAUUGAUGCGAGUAACUAACAACGCUUUCAAUGGGAAAGCUUGCAGGUUGCAGCCUCUAUAAACUUUGAUAGGUUGAAAAUGUAAUUCUGACUUUUUGUUUUAGUCCCUUAUGGACUCAGUUUGGAAGAGCCGGUGACUUUUAGGAAUGAAAAUUGUAAAUGAACUGAUUUCUUAAAUAAAUAAAUAAUAUGAUAUGGUUGGUGACGAGACUGACGAGUGACGACUAUGUAAUUGCUACUGUUCUGAUAUUCUUCCUGUUGCUAGACAAUUGUGUGGGAUGUGUGAUUCGAGAUGUUGAUGCAUUGCUAAUGCUAAUUAGGUGGUUCAAUGUUGUUGUAGGGGGAUUUGUGGGGCUCGUUGGUAUGAGAGAAGGAAGAGCCGGUAGUGUGUUGUGAUGCAUGGGAUGAUGUGGGCUGGAAUUUUGGCUGGAAGCAAGUUGUAUUGGUACAGGAAAGGCUGCCGUGUUAAUGAGAGUGCAGCUAGGAGAUGCAGUACUGCAGUAGCUUAGUGUUGUUGGUGGUUGGUGCUUGUUGUGAAAGAGAUGGCAGCAAGGCAAGGGUCGAAAGCCACAAGCAACAAAUCGAAGCUUUUUUCGUAGACUAUAUUGACUUCCUUGACCAAACUAGACUUUGAGUCACUGUGCUUGGACCUUGAUAUCAUAUAUAUAUAUUUUUUU